CGCUCCAAAAACGUCGGAUUUGUUCUGCGACGGACCAGUUGGUGUCACAAAAUUAGCUGUCCGUCAAGCACAGUAUUUGAGAAGCAUAAGCAUUGAUGUAAAUUCAUUGUUUUUUUUCUUCUAUAACCUGUACUGUGAAUAGUUUUGAUGGACAGCUUGGAGCAGAAAGAUACAGAAGCGACGGCGCCGUCAGUUAUCGACCGAUACUACACACGCUGGUACAGAGCAGAUAUCAAGGGGAAACCGUGUGAGGACCAUUGCAUCCUACAGCAUUCAAACAGACUGUGUGUUAUCACGUUAGCCGAGACCCACCCAAUCCUUCAGAAUGGGCGGUCAAUCAAAAGCAUCAAUUACCAGAUCAGUGAUGGCUGCAGUCGGCUGAACAAUAAAGUGUCUGGGAAGUCCAAGAGGGGGGGUCAGUUCCUUACUGAUUUUGCACCUCUGUGUAGGAUAACAUGCACAGAUGAAACUGAAUACACAAUCUACAGCUGCAUCCGGGGCCGUCUACUGGAGGUCAAUGAGAGUAUUUUAAAAACACCUUCUCUCUUGCUGAAAAAGCCCUUCACUGAUGGAUACAUUGCUGUCAUCUUGCCAAAGUUUGAGGAGAGCAAGAGCAUAACAGAGAAUCUUCUGAGCAGAGAGGAGUUUGAAACCAUUGUCUCCAAACGUUCUGUUGCUGAACCUCAGCCAACAUGACAGAGUUCUACGUUUUGCCUUAUUUAAGUUAAAACCAUUUUGUCAGACUGAGGAUGUAACCCAGGAAACAUGUGGUCACUUCAAAAGGAAUAUUGUGUUUAAUGCAAGUUCGCACUGUGCCUCUUUUCUCUUAUUGUUUUCUUAUUGUUUUAGAAUGAAGGAGGUUUCAGAAGGCACUCUGCUUUUUUUCUAGUUUGAAAAGUAAAGAGGAAAGCAUGACAAAGUACUUGAAUUCUGUUUGUAUAAUACCAGAGAUGCUUGGGUUGAAUUAUUUUUCUAGGAUGUCAAUAAACAAAAACAGCAGUGAUUUUAAGAAAAAUAUUGUUUAUUUUU